AUGGUGGACAAUGCUAAUACCUCCAGCUUUUCAUCCUUUUUCUUGGUUGGUAUUCCUGGGCUUGAAGUCUACCACUUUUGGUUUGGCAUCCCUGUUUGCCUUUUGUAUGCCCUGACUCUGAUGGGGAAUGGCCUCAUUGUUCUUGUGAUAAAAGAAGAACCCAGCCUUCAUCAGCCCAUGUUCUUUUUCCUUUGUAUGCUAGCUUUUGAUGAUGUGGCUAUGGCCUCAACCAUAGCCCCCAGGAUGCUUGGAAUAUUUUGGCUGGCUGCUCAUGUCAUUGGAUUUGAUACCUGCGUGGUCCAAAUGUACUUAAUCCACACUUUUUCCAUCAUCGAAUCAGCUCUUUUGGUAGCCAUGGCCUAUGACCGCUAUGUUGCCAUUUGCCGUCCGCUGCAUUAUGCCACCAUCCUGACCACUCCUUUGGUCCUCAAGCUAGGGGCAGUAAGUGCGGCCCGAGGUGCCAUAAUGGUCUUGCCCUGCCCACUACUCAUUAAACGGCUGAGGUAUUGUACUCAGAGUGUUAUCCGACAUACCUACUGUGAACACAUGGCCGUGGUGAAACUUGCCUGCACCGAUACCUACAUAAAUCGUAGCUACGGCAUCUUUGUGGCUCUCUCAGUCAUAAUUAUGGACUUUGGACUUAUUUCUAUGUCCUAUGUCAAGAUCCUUCAGGCCGUCUUCCGACUCUCCUCUAAGGAGGCCCGCUCUAAGGCCCUGGGCACUUGUGCUGCCCAUAUCUGUACUGUCCUCUUCACCUAUAUACCUGCCCUGUUUAGUUUCCUCACCCACCGUAUUGGCAAGCGGGUGCCCCCAUCCCUUCACAUUAUCUUUGCCAGUAUAUAUCUCCUGGUGCCACCCACAGUCAAUCCAUUAGUCUAUGGUGUAAAGACGAAGCAGAUCCGUGACCGAGUGGUCAUUCUUUUCCUCAGGAAAAAGGAUAAGUUCUCCACACACUAAUACAGACUUAGGCAUGACAUUUUUUUUAAGACUGGAAUCAUUUACUGUGAGAGAUUGGGCUGAGAGGACAAUGCAGUG